AUCGCUUUUCCUUCCACUUCUUCUUACCUCGCGAUUACCUCGCAUCUACAACACACUUUGGGCGACAUGUUCUCAAACUUAGGCCUUUUUUCCCAGCAAACCUGCCCGGACUUGGAUUGUAAUCGUCCAAGCUGCCUUUUCAGGCACUCAACGGCUCGAACGGCGCGAUCCAGUAUUGAUCAGCUGAAGGAAACAAAGUCGAGAUGUCGUAUGGUGUCAACAACUGCUGCAGCCCCGCAAGUUGAUGUGGCGGUCUCCACGAAGCGCACAGCCACCAAACCCCUUGAGCAUCCUGUCCAGAAGAAGUCCUCUUCAGCAGCGUUGCUUCCCCAGCCAGCGAGCUCGUCGCCAGCGAUCACCUCCCUGUCAUCAACAUCAGCGCCAUCUGGGCCUCCCGCACUCCCAUACACGAAGCUUUCCCCUCAACCCCUCGCUGAUCGGCAGAAGGCUCUCGGCACACUCUACGCUCAAUUUGAGAAGCUCUACUCACGCGUCUUAGACCAGCAUCCCAAGCUUGCUCAGGAGUCUGCCCUCAAUCAAGAGGAUGAGACAUCCCGCAACACCCGCAGCAUAAAGGCUUACAAAAUGGCCAUUCAUCAAGCUGCUGUUUCCAUUUCCCGCCGAGCCCCGCCGGAUCGUGUUCCGCACAUCUCCAUUGGCACCGUGAAACAGUGUCGCGCAGCGGCAGAGGCAGCAGAGAUUGCCAAAGCGAGCAAAUUGACGACUCAGCGUGUUGAUAACCUUUGCCACGACAUUGAGACUCUGGUGCAGUGGGGCUACCCGGAUUACAACAACGAAGAGCUCCUGGCUCCUCCAGUCAUCAUAUCAAGUAUAACGGAGAGACAAGUGUGCGACAGGUGUAAGAAGGAUUUCGACCCAAACGUCGAGUACGAGUUAGGGGACUGCACAUUUCACUACGGUCGACCUCGCCCAGAGCGAAGAGAAGGCCGCCGCGUAUGGCUCUACUCGUGCUGCGGUAAGGAGCGCGGUGCGCCCGGGUGUGAGGAUGGCAUUCACGUCUUCUCAUUCAAGGAAGACGACGCAAAACUCGCGGCCCUAGAACCCUAUCGAACGACGCAGCAAGUACACAGUCAGAACGACAUUCUGGCGUCCGGUGCAUUUGAGAUCGUGGGCAUGGACUGUGAGAUGAUCUACACCACCGGAGGCUCCUCACUUGCUCGCGUUACGAUUGUAGAUGAGGAUGGAGCAACAGUCUUCGACGAGCUUGUGCGCCAGCGGCACAGAGUUCUAGAUUGUAACACUCGCUUUUCUGGCGUCGUCAAAGAAGAUUUGGAGCGUGCCGCCAUGGACCUCGAAGCUGUUCGCAAGGCCGUCUGUUCCUUUGUAGGCCCAAAGACAAUCGUCGUUGGACAUGGGCUGGAGAACGACCUUCGUGCUCUUCGUCUUCUUCACGAUCGUGUCAUUGACACCGCCAUCCUUUACCCCCACCCUAAUGGGCGUCCGUAUCGUCGAGCUCUGCGCGACCUGGUGAAAGAGCACUUAGGCUAUUUCAUCCAGGAAAACUCCGUCGGUGGACACAGCUCGGCGGAGGAUGCCCGUGCUACGAUCGAGGUGUUGAAGUCGAGGGUUCGUAAUUCAUGAACGAGCAUUGUAGUGUAACUUGGCAUGUGUGCGGUAGCGAGUAAAUGAUUUUGAACCCAGGCGUCACGAUCAGGGAAAAUUUGUGGCGGAGUCGUCGAGCGUGCAGACCAGGUGCAUUUGAUCACGACGCAGGAAGGCGUCGAACACAUCGGUGGAGAUGCAUGUUCC